UUUUUCGUGGUUAUGUUUACGUGAAUCAAAGCCGUAAAAACGUUGGACAAAAAUCCUUUUCCCAAUAGCUUUUAUAAUAAUUUUGUAUUGCAUUUAAUAGUAACAAUGUUUUCUGCCAACAUGUAUUUAUCUGCAUAUGAUAGACAUAAAAAAAUCAUCAACGAUUAUCUUCUACUCCGAAAUGGUUCCUUGAGCGACUUCAAACGCGACACGUCUCGGGAUAAAACGGACUUAGAUGUGAUCAGAGAAAAUCACAAAUUUUUAUGGAACGAAGAGGAUGAACCUGAAACUUGGGAAUCACGUCUGGCCAAAAAGUAUUAUGACAAAUUGUUCAAGGAGUACUGCAUUUCUGACCUGACAUACUUUAAAUAUAAUAAGAUUGCUCUUAGAUGGAGAACAGAAAAAGAAGUAAUCACAGGCAAGGGUCAGUUUGAAUGUGGGAGCAAAAAGUGUACCAUAAAGGACGGUCUUCGUUCUUGGGAAGUGAAUUUUGCUUACGAGGAGGAUGGAGAAAAAAAGAACGCCUUGGUUAAAUUAAGAUUAUGCCCUGAGUGUUCCAUAAAGUUGAACUAUCGUUCUCAAAAACGAGAGGUCAAAAGAAGAAAAGCCCUGAAGCGUUUGGGUAAAAGUUCGACAUCGAAAGAAAUUUCUGGUUCAUCAAGUGAUCAAGAAAUCGAGAUAAAAGAUGAACCAGAGAGCGAAGCAGAGCCAGCCUCAACAGAAGAACAAGUAGCAGCAGAUGUUGAAUCCGAAAUUUGGAGAGAGAAGCCAUCAGAGGACGAAGAAAAGACAAGAGAGCAAGAAUUCGAAGAAUAUUUGGCGGAUUUGUUUUUAUGAUUAUUUUUCUAUCUUGGGGAAAUAUUCCAGUUUUUGAAUGAACUCAGGGUGUCUAUUCACCUGGGAAAUCUGGAAUUGUCAGGGAACUAUUAUAUAUCUGGAAAAUUUUAAAAAUGUGAAGUAAUUUUUUCGAAAACCUGAUUAAAUUAAAAAAAA